UUGAGCCGUGCGCGGUGAGCACGCCCUACUCUCUAUGCCCUCUAAUAGCUCGCAAGCUAGCUAGCAUGGCAUCUUGUGGCGGCGCGGGCCAUGACGGCGGGCGCUCACGGCCGACGGUGGUCUACGACGACCUGGUGGAGGUGCGCGAGCACGCGGCGACGCUGCAGACCAUCCUGCAGGGGUCGCCGAGCGUGUCGGCCGUGGACGCGAGAGAGCUCGUGAAGGGGAUGAUGGCCAAGCUGUCCAGCGCUAUGUCGGUGCUGGGCGCCACCAGCGGCAGCGGUGUGGAGUCGUCUUUGGGGACAGGCCGAGGACCAGGUCCAGGUGGGAGGAGGAAGAAACCCGGCACGGCGUUGUCCGGGCCGCACCGCCGGAGCAGCUCCAGGAGAAGGUCGAAGAGCCCUUUCAUCAACAUGGUCACUGCUAGGACGCUCAACGAUGGCAAGACAUGGAGGAAGUACGGCCAAAAAUAUAUUCAUGCCUCUACUAGCCCGAGGAGCUACUACAGGUGCUCUCAUAAGCCAGACCAAGGCUGCCAGGCCACGAGGCAGGUCCAGGAAUCCGACUCCAACCCGUCGGAGUACAUCAUCAGCUACUACGGCCAGCACACCUGCAAAGACCCCUCCACGUUCCGGUCACUCCUCAUCCAAGGCGCCGCCGACGCUGCCCCGCCAGCAGACUGCUCAAACCUCAUCAGCUUCCAGUCGAUCAAUGGCGCGGCUGCGAGCACGAGCACGAGCGCUUUUGCUCAUCAUGUCGUGAAAGAAGCGGUUGAUCUUCAUCCGGUACCUUACUCCCGCUUCUUCAACUACAGCUCCUGGCCGCCGGUGCAGGAGGGUAUGUCCAGCGGCUCGCUGUCGCCGGCUGGCCACGGGAAGUUCAUGCAGUACGCCGGUGGGCAGCUCGUCAACGUUAUUGGCCGAAGGACGUUGCCGUUGACCGUGGGAUCAGCGCCGGCGGAGUACUGGCCGGUCGUGGGAGCCGCCAGCGUCGACACGGACGCUGGCGCAGGCAUGGACAGCUUCCCUUCCUCGCCGAGCAGCCUCGGGCUCAUGUCGGGAUCGUUAGGGGGGUCAUUUGGCAAUAACAUUUACGACGACGACCUGUUCGACUUGAUUCCUGACCAAGGUCGUGUACCCAUGCAUAUGCAUGCAUGCAACACACGGCCGACUUUGCAUGCAUGGGGUAGUAGUAAUAUUUUUUUAUGAAGGUAUAUUGUGUAUGCAUGUAUAUUGGGCAUGUGGAUAGAACAUAGAAGGUAAUAUGUUUGUAUUGGAUGCCACUUGUAAACAUAUACUAGUACUCGGGAUAGGGACUAUGUAAGUUUGCCUGUACGACCUUGAAUUAUGGAUUUAUGUUAAAUUUCGUUUAA